GCGAGGUGGACGUAGGAAAUUGGUAGUCUACAAAAACGCUAUUAAAACCUGUUUCAAGCUCGCGAAACCUGCCGAAAAGUGGAUAUUUUCUGGACCCUUGUGCGUUCGUGGUGCUCGCUCGUGUGUACUCGGAGAAAAACCCACCACCGUGCGCGAAAUUGGCUUAGAAUAGAAUUUUCAAUCGUCGUGAAAAAAUUCUCCAAACGUUAAACGCUCUCUCGUGUGAAGGGCGGGCGAACCACCACCCCAACCCCACAACCCCCACGCCUUCUUCUUCUUCUUUUUUGCCCCCCUGCGAGUGUGUGCGUGAUUUGAUUUGGGGGCUUGCUACGCUGGCGGCUACUGGUUGGGGAUCGAGAAAUCGGAAUCCAGGGGGAGGAAAACAUAUUCGCUAGUAUAGCGCCUGGCGCCUGGAGAAGUAGAAUCUAGUAGCCCGUGGCUCCGUGGAGUUCGCAAUAGUUCGCACCAGUUACCAGCUCGUAAUGGCGACGGCCGUGAGGGAGGGUGUGUUGCAGUGGGGUUGCAGUGCGAGUGCCAAUAAUAUUUGAAAGUAAUUCGAAUGCGACGUGGAGUGCGUGCUGCGAGGUUUUCUUAUCGCUGCCCCCUCACAGGGUGCGUUUUCUUGGGCCUCUUCCUCGCCCGCUCCAAAUUCCAUAACUGCUCCCAAAGAAGAAGGGAGGAUGUGUGUGUGAGCUGCUAGUGCCGCGGUGUGGUCGUCGUAAUAUCAUCUCGGCUACAGCAGCAGCAAGUUGGACCGGUUAUGCUUGAGAGUGCAGCAGCACUGGAAAGAUGUGAAAAUUUCGUUCCGACGCCAUCAUCAUCGUCACUAGUAGACGGGCCCUAGUCGUGAACGAGAUCCGACGAGAUACCCGUGUUCUAGUCACCCUGGAAACCACGAGUGCAGCAGGCCCAGACAUAUCGAGGCAGGCGUGGUGUGGUGCAAAGAAGAAGCCAACUCUCUACACACAAUCAUCGCCAGUGCGGCAACAGUGUGAUAAUUGGUGAAACCACUAAAUAACAACAGUCCACCGAAAGAAGAAAAUAGAAUAAAAGCAGCAAAGAUGGUAUAGCAGAGGAGCGGAGGAGAACGACGACGUUUAGUGUGAUACCAGGCAAUCACAACCACCAUCCAUCGCAUUGCAGCAAUGCGUGCAUUCUCUGCAAGUCUGGGUGGAAUCGUUAGAUAAAAAUCUGUGAUAUUACUUCCACAACCUGGGUGUGAGUACCCUAGAUUGGCGAGUGUGGUUGCUGGAGUGUAACUAAGGGGGCAUAUAUCUCCGUCCUAAGAGGUCCGACGGAACAACGCAUCACGACGCUUCGUGUAUGAAGUAGUCAGUGGAUUCAGGCUGCUUUAUUGUCCUACUCCGGUGGCGCCAGCAAAUUGAUUUGACGGUGAAGGUGAUCUUAAGCUCACGGAGGCUCAGCAUUAUCCACAGGACUCCCGAGCAAACCGAAAUCGAAAUAAGUCGAGUUGAGAACAAUCGAUCUCCUUGAUCGAUCGUGUACCUGCGGCGUAACGGCGGCGUGGGCUCGUGUGGGGUGGUACUUUCAAAAGGAAACACCAAAGAUGAUAAUAACCACACAUAACAAAAUAUAGCACACGCGCUCGCGCAUCCAGGCGCGCAAAGUAGUAGUUAAGAGACCGAAUACAAAGGAGGAAGCAACAGCGGCCGCAGCAGCAGCAGGAAACACUCAAUACCAAAUAAUCUACAAAAUACCCCUGGAUCCGGUGAUCCACGCUACACACACAUACAGUGAUACAAUCUCUUCAAGCAUAGUGAAAUCUUCCAUUGUCGCUGCGAGCGGUUACAUAUACCUUUGAGGUUGUUUCCUCCGUGCGUGUCCCGCCAGUGCAGCGAUGGUAGAAUCGUCUCUCGAAUCUUGACCACUAAGCCACCUAUCAACUCCACUUGAAGCGCGCGUUGAUGUCGUUGCCAGUUCCGCUGGGCAAUUGCAUUUUUACCUGAGUUACGCGCCGCAGUGGUGCGUCAGCCGAUAGUGGAAAGGCACAAACCCCGGAUCGAGGGCAUUAAAGUGGGGCAUUGAGGGUGCUUAAAGGAGAAGCUCAAAUGGUAAAACGAAAACAUGCAAAUCUAAUCUCCUUACCCUAGAAUCGAACCCGAAGCCGACGAAUGCAAUACGGUGCAACUGCAUCAGAAAAAAACAAAAAAAAAAACUAAAGUAUGCCAAUCUAACUCUGCUACUCCGUGGAGAGGCUAUGAACGUAGGUGAAACACUGCGCGCAUGAGAUACCCACCAAUAUCAGCUUUAAUAUUGAACCUCCAAAAAAGCUUCUCUAAUGCUCAUCAGGUGUUUCAUCAAUCGAUAUCGAUGACCAGCAUGGUCAUUAAAAAAAACAACCAUCAAGCACAUAUAUAAAGUCAUCGUCAUCAGUAUCUAUUGAGCAAGUGUGUCGCCGAUACCUGAUCUCGGAACACGAGGGCCCCCGGCAGUCGACGUCGAUCGUCGUCGAUUUGCCAAGUGAUCGUCUAGACUGAAUCGAACUCACGCGUGGUUUCGCGGCACAAAGCGUCAAGGAGGAAGAGGCCGUCGGACACGGGUUUCGGUGCAAAGUGACGUGACGCGUCCAUACAGUUGGGCACUGGUAUUGUGUAUCCGGAUAGUGUAUCGCCAAAAUCGUUAUUUAAGUGAAUUAAAGUGAAGUCUGCACUACGCCGCAGCACAAUAAAGUGCAGUUUCUCUUACCUGGACGAUUCGGAAACAUUCCAAAACCAGUAUUUCAGUGAUUCAAGGGGAAGUAACAAUCAUAGGACUACUGAUACGGUAUUACUUGGAGCGCGCGUUGGUGCUGUUAAACAGUGAAGCAAGUGACAGUACGCCAAAAAGGAAUACCGCCAUUACUUAUAUAGCGUGGCGCACGGUGAUACAAUAAGGCGAGUUCGUACACUCUUCUAAACGUGAAUCGCGCUCUCCCGAGCGUUGGGAUGUGAUUUUCUUCUUUACCUGAUUAACUGUUAACGUUAGAGUUAGGUUUAACCGCUUUCGUUAGUACAGCCGAACCCUCGGCAAUAGAACUCUUCGAAGGAUCCGAAAGCCAUACCAGGGUUCCGUGGAAGAGUAGCGGAGUUUGCAAAGCACGCAAGGACAACAACAACACAAUGGCAUCUGCCCAACAGAGCCCAACCAGCUUCGAUGAUCUACUGCGCCUCACGGAAGGGCAGCGAUCGAUGGAAAGACAGGGCUUAUCGGGCGGUCGUCUGUGCGGUGGCGGCGAGAGUUCGUUGAACAGUGCAGGAACGGUCGGAGGAGGAGCAUGGGGUUCUCCACCCGGUAGUUCAAGUUCCGGGCUUGCCAGUGGAUGGAAUACCUCCGCUAAUCCCAUGACGGUGGUGGGCUCGCAGCAGCAACAACAGCAGCAACAGCAGCAACAGGUGUGGAGCAGUGGACAAACCAGUUUGCCAUCAUCAGGACCUCCUGGAAGUGGGCCACGCACGUCGUCGCAGGAGCUGACAAAGUCCAGCCUGGUGUCCCAGUCUAGUGGAGGCAUGAUCGUUGGACCGACGAGUGGUUCCGGUAAUCAGCAGGGAGGUUGGAAUCAAGUAGUGAACACAAACAAACCACCAUCGUCCGUGGUUUCUCAGCAGCAGUCCCAAGCUGGACAGCAGCCAAACGCUAACCCGAAUGGCCCAAAUGGAUCCAACCCAUCAGGUCAGCAGGCGCAGCAGGGCAAUCAACAGCAAUCAUCGGCCGCCGGAGGAGGAGGUGCAGGUGCAGCAGGUGCUGCAGCUGCGGUUGCGGCCAUCGGUGCUGGAGCCGCCGCGAGUGGCCAACUGGCUACGACACCUUCCUCGAAGUUGGAACAUCUGAACUCAAUGCGCGAGGCACUGUUUGCACAGGAUGGCUGGGGUUGUCAGCACGUCAACCAGGACACGCAGUGGGAUGUACCAGCGUCACCGGAACCUAGCAUCAAGCCCGAUCCGACCCUCAAGGCAACCGUUAACAAUGGGACAGAGCUGUGGGAAACGAAUCUUCGUAAUGGCGGUCAGCCGCCGAUACCGGCUGCUUCCCAGAAGACACCGUGGGGACCGCAGAGCCAUCACGGGGGUACCUGGGGCGUAGACGAUGAGACGAGCGGUGAGCCAAGCAACGUGUGGACUGGUGCACCGGGAGCCGCUGGAGGAGGCCCACCACCCCCAUCGGCCGGCGGUAACUCGGUCCCGAUGGUUGGCGGUCCUUCCGUUAGCGGUGGAUCGGCCGUUGGAUGGCAGCAGGGAGCAACUGGCCUUACCGGUAAUGGUGGAAGUGGCGGCGGCAACGGAGCUGGUGGUGGUAGCAUGUGGCCACCGAGUGGCAUCGUGGGCGGAGGAAUCGCACCACCCAAGAAAGACAACGACUGGGGUGGUGGUGGUGGUGUUGGAGCUAGUGGCGGCGCUGGCGGUUGGAGUUCUGGUGCUGGUGAUCAGCGAGGUGGCGGCGUCCUAGGAGGUGGUGCUGGAGGAUCUGCUAGUGCUGGUGUACCACCGCAUCUCACCUCCCAGCUCGAUGGUUUGCCCUCGGUCGAUAUCCGUAGCAUGCGGCCACCGGGCGUACUGGAUCAGGGCCGUGAAUUCCGUGGAGAUCCUCGUGGUAUUUCUGGACGGCUGAGCGGAUCGUCGGGCAUGCUGGAGCACUAUCCAUUGGGCAAGAUGCCACCACCGGGCGUGAUGUCGUCGGCUUCGGCAGCCGGUAACGCAACCGGUAACCAGGGUGGCAAUCAGUGGCAGCAGCUCGGCGGUGGUGGUGUUGGCGGCGUUACUGGAGCUCCCGGAGGUGCCCCUGGGGGAGGACUUCCACCCGGAAAGUCGAUCUCGGCAGGUGGUGGUGGUAGUGGUGGUGGCGGUGGUUGGGAUGAUAACUCUCCACCGACCAUACGUCGCAAUCCCAACAUCGAUGAUGGCACGUCACUUUGGGCGAACGGUCCGGGGGGAGGAGUUGGACAAGUUCGACCGGGAGCGGGUGGUACCGAUCCGAUGCUACGAAAUGGUCGUAACGGACCGCUCGGUGGUGGUCUAGGAGCAGGUCCAAUCGGUGGUGGAGGACCACGUAUGCUCGGUGCAGGCGCCGGUGGCCCUGCUGCAAAUCAGCUUAAGUCGGACAGCAUGUGGAGUGGAGGCCAUGGCGGCGGUGGCGCUGGCGGACCUGUAGGUGUUGGUAACGGUCCAAUGACACGCAACGGUUCCUGGGACGAACCAGGGAUGGGCAAUGGAGGCGCUGGAGGCAAUUGGGACGACAAAGGAGGACCCGUUGGUGGUCCGCUAGGAGGAGGAGGAGGAGCAGGAGCAGGUUCCUGGAUGGAUGGGGGUGCAUCCGGUGCCGGCGCCCCCGGUGUCAACCAGGGAUGGAACAGCAAGAAACCACUCGGUGCUGGCACUGGCAACCUGUGGCCCGAUGGCAGCGGAAGCACUGGCGGUGUCGGCAGUGAUCUGAUGGGCAACGAUUGGAGCGGUGUCGGUCCAGGGCUCGGUGGUGUGACCGGCGGUGGUGGUAGUAAAAUGACGAACAAAUCGCACAUCGGUGGUAUCGGCAGUGGCCCACUGGAGAUCAUACGGAGCAGCAAACAGUAUCGCAUUCUGUGCGAGAUGGGCUUCAAGAAGGAGGAUGUCGAGUUUGCUCUGCGUGCCGCAAACAUGAACCUUGAAGAGGCCGCCGAAAUGCUGCAGAGAAAUGCCGGUGUCGGCAACCCGAACCUGCUCGUCGGUGGCGGUGGUUCUUCCGUUGGAAUCGGCGACUGGCGACGCGAUGAUCAUCCUCUAGGCGCUGGUGGUGGUGGUGGUGGUGGUGCAGGUGGGGGAUCUUUGUCCGGCAAUGGGAAUGCGGGCAGCAUGUUCGAACCUCCGUUCCCUGGUGGUCGCUAUCUUGGUGCAGGGGGUGCUGGAGCUGGUACUAACAACGGCGCCGGAGGAGGUACCGGUGGUCCUUCGUUGCAUUUCCAACAGAACAACCAAAAUGGAAUGUCCGGUGGUGGUGGCGGCAUGGGUGGCAGUGGUGUUGGAGGCAAUCCGAAUCUAUCCGGAUUGCACGCUUUGUCGUCGAAGUCCUUGGGUAACUAUCUGAACCAAGCUCCACCACAGAUGGGAACUGGGGUUGGAGGAGGUGGCAACAUGACGCAGUUCAAUCAAGGUAUCAACGGUGGUAAUGGUAGUGGCAGUGGUGGUGGCCAGGGUUCAGUGCAACCUUCGACUCAGCUACGGUCCCUGGUGCAACAGAUACAGAUGGCCGUUCAGACGGGAUAUCUGAAUCCCCAGAUCCUCAACCAGCCGCUUGCUCCGCAAACGUUCCUGCUGCUAAAUCAGCUCUUGAACAGUAUCAAGCAACUGCAGGUGACGCAGAACAAUUUGCAGCGCAGCGGAGGUGCGGGCAGCAACAACCAGAUUGCGAUGCUCUCCAAGAUCAAGCAGCAGAUCGCCAGUCUGCAAAACCAAAUCGCCACUCAACAGACCUUGUACGUCAAGCAGCAACAGCAACAACAACAGCAGCAGCAGCAGCAACAGCAUCCACAGCACCAGCAGCAUCAACAGCAGCAGCAACAUCAACAGCAGCAGCACCAACAACAGCAUCAUCAGCAGCAGCAUUCGACUGGUAAUAACCCGGCGGCGCAUAUGGGUGGUGGCCAUCUGGGAGGUAACUUCCAUCGGGAGCAAAACGAUUUGGCCGCCCUGCAACACGGGCUAUCGGAUCUGUCGUUAGGCAAGGACCACAAUGCCGGCCCACCGUUUCACCACGGUGGUACCGGUGGGGGAAUGGGCCAGUCAUCGACCAGUCAGCAGUCACGUCUGAACCAGUGGAAGCUGCCGGCCAUGGAGAAGGAUGGCAAUAGCCACGAUCUGACGGAUUUCUCGCGCGCUCCUGGUACAACGGCGAAGGCUGGUGGCGGUGCCGGUGGUAUGGGCACGCUGGGUGGACUGCAAAGUGACAGCACCUGGUCAUCGGGACGCACCGGGAUGACUGAUACUACGGGGUGGCCAGAUAAUGGCACCGCUAAUGAACUAACCGCCAAGGAUGCUUGGUCGUCUAAUCAGGACUCGUUUACGGAUCUGGUACCGGAAUUUGAACCAGGCAAACCAUGGAAGGGCACCCAGAUGAAGAUUGAGGAGGAUCCCACCAUUACGCCCGGUUCCAUUGCCCGCAGCCCGAUAGCCACCAUAUCGGUCGGUUCGGCCAAAGAUUCGGAGUUGUUUGGAAACAGUAACAAGCCGUCGCCAACCGAUUCGAUCAGCCUGUCCUCGUCAACCUGGAGCUUUAAUGCUGGCAAUCACAACAACAACAACAGCGUCAACAACAACAGCGUCAACAACAAUAGCAACAACAAUAACAACAAUAGCUACUCAUCUGGAGCUGGCUCUGGCAUGGGCAAGCUGGGUGGAGGUGGAAAGAACACUUGGUCCGACAGCGGCGUAACGGGCGUGAGUGAUGUAUGGGGUGGUGGAGGAGGUGCUAGUGGAGGCAGUGGUGUAGCGAAAACGCCACGCGGACCACCACCCGGUCUCUCUAGUGGCAAAC